AACUACCUUAGCUUCCAGGUUGGACUUGACGAUACAUCAAACAUUUUAUCUUCAACACCCCAAACAUGCUCACCCUCGCUCUCUACCUCUAUUCCUUACUCCACCUCCUCUCCUCCACCGCGGUCAAAACACCGCCUUACACACCCACCGAUUACUUCCUCCUCAACUGCGGCUCAUCCUCCAACGCCACGUCACAAGACGGCCGGAGGUGGGACGGUGAUGCCACCUCAAAAUUCUCACCGUCCAACAUCGGCACCACCUCAUCACCAUCCACGGCCACCCAACAAGACUCUUCUGUCACCGACACCCCUUUCCUCAACGCCCGCAUCUUCACCUCCAAAUUCACCUACACUCUCCCCGUCUCCUCCGGCCCCAAAUUCAUCCGCCUCUACUUCUACCCAGCCAACUACUCAAAUUUCGACAGAUCAAAAUCUUACUUCUCCGUCACCGCCGCAAACUACACCCUCCUAACCAACUUCAGUGCCUUCCUCACCGUCCCUGCUUUGGUUCCCAAACAAUCCUUUCUCAUCAAAGAGUUCAUUGUCAAUGUCAGAGACACCCAAAAGCUCGACAUAACAUUCAACCCAUCUCCCUACUCAUACGCCUUUAUCAACGGCAUCGAAGUCGUUUCGAUUCCCAACAAUUUCUACAUGAAAGGCGAUCUCAAGCCUAUCCCUCUUGUUGGCUCUCAACAAUCUUUCUAUAUCGAUAACAACACUGCUCUUGAAACUCUGUACCGGUUAAACGUCGGUGGCAAAGACGUGUCUGUGAAUGACGAUACCGGCAUGUACCGGACCUGGCAUCUAGAUGACCCGUAUAUCGGCACGGCCGUUGGUUUGGUGCCUCACCGUGAGGUCCCAAUUCUGUACACUAACGAGACACCGAAUUACACUGCUCCGGUGACUGUGUACACCACGGCUCGGACCAUGGGACAUGACGUACAAAUAAACUUGCAGUACAAUUUGACUUGGAUCUUCACCGUUGAUUCUGGUUUCUGGUACCUGGCUAGGCUUCAUUUUUGCGAGUUUCAACUGGAGGUAACCAGAGGAAAUGUGAGGGUAUUUUCUGUGUAUAUGAAUAAUCAGACGGCUGAUCCAGAGGUUGAUGUUAUACUCUUGAGUGGGGGUAACGGAAUUCCUGUUUUCAAAGACUAUGUUCUUUGGGUCCCACCCGUCGAUGGUCUCCGGAGUAAGGUGGAUUUGUGGCUCGCGAUGCACCCGAAUAUGGACUCCAAGCCCUGGUCCGCUGAUGCAAUCUUGAACGGUUUAGAGAUCUUCAAAUUGAAUCAAUCGGACGGAAGUCUCGCCGGGCCCAAUCCUAAAUACGUUCCUGUACCGCCGGCACCGUAUCCAAAGCUACCGGGCAAACAGAUCAAUAAAACGUCGUCGUCGUUGGUCGUCGCCGUCGCCGGAGGUGUGAUCGGCGGAGUAUUCUUGAUUUCAGUGAUUGGUUUCUUGAUUUUCCGGCGACGGAGGAGGGAGAGAGACUCCGAUGGAAGCGUGGUCAAGUCAUCGUGGGUCCAAUUUUCGAUUUCGCACACGUCGAAGUCCACGAAGACUAACGCUUCAACGUUACCGUCUAAUCUCUGCCGACAUUUCUCACUAGCAGAACUCAAAUCUGCUACGCUCGACUUCAAAAAGGAUUUUGUGAUCGGCACCGGAGGAUUUGGUUACGUGUACAAAGGGUACAUUGAUAACGGCACAUCCACUGUUGCGAUCAAGAGGCUGCAUCCAUCAUCAAGCCAAGGGGCCCGGGAGUUUCGAACAGAGAUCGAAAUGCUAUCCAAGUUACGCCACCGCCAUCUUGUGGCUCUGAUCGGUUACUGCGAUUAUAAUGGUGAGAUGAUCUUGGUGUAUGAUUACAUGGCCAAUGGUACCCUCCGUGAUCAUCUCUACAAAUCAGACAAUCCGCCUCUCUCGUGGAAGCAACGCCUCGAGAUCUGCAUCGGUGCUGCACGUGGGCUCCAUUACCUCCAUACAGGAGGGAAGCACAUGAUCAUUCACCGCGACGUCAAGUCUACCAACAUACUAUUGGAUGAAAAAUGGGUGGCCAAAUUUUCAGACUUUGGGUUGUCGAAAAUUGGCCCCACUAAUGUGGGCCAGAGUCACGUCAGCACUGUCGUAAAGGGUAGUUUUGGGUAUGUGGAUCCAGAAUAUUAUCGACGACAAAAAUUAACCGAAAAGUCUGAUGUGUAUUCUUUCGGAGUGGUGUUAUUGGAAGUGUUGUGUGGGAGGCCCGCAAUUGUGACAGGGCUAGAAAAGGAGCAAGUGAGCUUGGCCGAGUGGGGCCGGAAAUGUUGGCGAGAAGGGACCGUUGAUCAGAUUGUGGAUCCACAUCUAACGGGUCAGAUUGUGCCGGACUGUUUAAAGAAGUUUGGGGAGAUAUUCGAAAACUGCUUGCGUGAUACUGGGAUCGAACGGCCAGCAAUGGGCGAUGUGAUUUGGAGCCUGGAAUUUGCAUUGCAGCUUCAAGAGAUUGCUGAGAGGAACAUCAACGGUGAAGAUGGGUUGAUGAGUCCCUCGGAUCCUCUGCUUCAGGCAAGAAAGACCACGACCGAUGAUGACGAUGAUAUGUUGUUUUCGACCUCUCAGAGCAACGGGACCGGGACAUCAACGGCUGAGAGUGGUGCAAGGAGUGGCAACAGUUUUAGUUCUCAUCAGACUGUUGUUUUCUCUGAGAUUAUGAAUCCAAAUGGACGGUGAGAUCAACUUCAAUACAUGUGGGGUUAAGAUUUUUAGGCAACAAAAAUUAAGAUGGAUUAGCGCAAGAUAGAUUUGCAAAAGUUCCUGGUUUGAUUUAGUUUUUUUCUUUUUUAAUCUGUAAAAGUUUGAUAUAUUUUGGUUUUAAUUCUACUAAAUAUUGUAUUGCAAUGAAUAAA